GCCAUAGUCGCCGUAGUAGCCCAACGGCCACUGAGGUGGCCCAGCGCGGGGCCGUCGAGCCAUGGGCCUCGUGCUGCUGCUGGUGGUGUCCGCCCUCCCCGUGUCCCUCAGCCCGCACCCCGCUUUCAUUCCUUCGUUCAUCUACAUGUCCGGCCCUUCGGUUAGCGCAUCUCUGGUUGGAGGCCCAGCGAAUAGCAGCUUUUCCCUAACCGUAGUGAAAAACAGUUCGGGAAUUUUGCCGACACCUGAUUGUGGAUCUCAGAAUAAUGGAACAGACAAAUGGAAUUUGACAGUGACUCCUGGAACAAAAGUGCAGGAAGUGACUGUACAAUUGAAUCCAAAUCUACAGUCUUGUUCCUCCAGGGAGACGGAUUUCUUCGCAGAAUUACCUUGUGUUGUUGAAACGCUUGUGGUUUCUGCCUUCUACAGAUCUUCCUGUGUCGCAUACUUACUCAUUCAGGCAGAAAUCCAUGCCAACUCAUCCCUUCUUCAGAAUGUAUCAGAAAGCCCGACGGCGAUCCCCAAUCAGGUCUAUCAGCCCCUUGGCGCUUGUCCUUGUGAUUUGACAGCUGGGGCCUGUGAUGUGCGGUGCUGCUGUGAUCAGGAAUGCACGUCAGAUUUAAAGUUAUUCGAACAGUUCUGCAUUGCCGGAGUCUUGGGUGGGAAUGUAAAUCCUCCUUUUGACCAGCUGUGCUCAGCUCAGGCCAGAAAUGACGUCCCCGAUUGGUUUCCAUUUUUGUGCGUGCAGUCUUCCCUCGAAAACACACCGUUUCUUGGUUACUUCUAUCACGGUUCUGUUUCUUCCAAACAAGAAUCCCGCUUUAAUGUUCCCUUCCACUCCGAUAUAAAGGACCUUUCCGAUUUUGGUUACAAACAAGGAGAACCAAUUAUGACUGUAGACAAAGAGUAUUUCACCAUUCCUCAGAUAUCCAUGUCUGGGCAAUGUAUCAAAAAUGCCCCAGUGGCAUUUCUUCAGAAUUUUGAUGUUAAAUGUGUUACUAAUUUGGCUGACUAUGAGGAAGGGCUUAUCAACGUGAGGAUAAACAAUGGCAGCAUAGGCGGUGCUGUCAUCCCCCAAAUAACUUACGAAGAAGUAACUGAUUUAAGCAAAUUCAUCGCUAGUACAGAAACAUUUCGGAAACCUGGGUCAUCUGAAAAAACUGUGAACUUGGAAGAACAUUACAUCUUCAGGUGGAGAAACACUACCAUCAGUGAAAUAAAGGUCAAAGUUGUCUAUGCAAAAGUGAAUGUCGAUCAAAAAGGGUUGCUGACGCAAAGAUUUACAGUAAAAUUUUUAAAUUUCAAUGGUGUGAAUGAGCAAGAACUGUCUGGAAAUCCAGGUUACCAGAUUGGAAAACCCGUUAGAGCUCUAAAUACCAACGGUGUGGAUAACAUUACUACUUUAAACCUUUGGCAUCCAGAUGCCGGCGGUUUGUGCACAUCAGCAACUUUUACACCCGUUUUAUUUGGAGAGAAUACCUUGUCCGGGUGCCAUUUGGAAGUUGGCAUUAAUGAAAAUUGCACUCAGUUUAGGGAGAACGUCACCGAAAUACUGAAUUCAUUAGUUCAAGCAACCCAUGUUGCAAUGAGAGGCAACUCAAAGUACGAAAGACUCAGCGAUGGCUGGUUGGAAAUAAUACAUACCCGCUUUACUGAUGCAAAGCCAAAUGCCGGAAAUUUGAGUGGCGUCUGCCCAGACGUUCCUGCAGUGCUGAAUAUCCGCGUCCUCUUUGCCGAUGCUGGGGCUGUAGAAGGCAUUCCCCAGCAAGAAAUUCUGGGUGUGGAGACCAGAUUCUCAACAGUUACCUGGCGAUAUCAUUGUGAAAUCACCUGUGAGGAUCAAUUCCAAAAUUUUCCCAUCAGUACGUCAGUCCAGUUUAUCAAAAUACCUGCUCAGACACCUCAGCCACUAACAAGCUUCCAGAUCAAUUUUACAGAAUACGACUGCAGUCGAAAUGACGCGUGUUGGCCACAUCUUGCUUACCCGCUGACACGGUAUUAUACAGGAGAACCCUAUUCUCAGUGUGUUGCCAAAAGUUUGCUGUUGGCUUCUUUCUUCGUAGUAGCGGCAUUUCUAAGCGAUCCAUGGAAGAGAAUCUGCAAAACCUGGAAUCCGACUGCUCCCUGACUUUGAACUAUCCUUUUUUGCCCCGCUUCCUCGGUGCUUUGUUCAAGUUUUGUGUACGGUUAUGUAGAGUUUUACCAAAUGAAGUGUUUUUAACGGUGUA